AUGGCCAACCCGAACUCCUCUCAGAACACCCAGUCGGUCUCUCCUCCGGCUGCCUCCUCUAGCAGCACAAUGCUGGGCGCUUCUCUCGGCUUCGGCGCCCUGUCGCCGGCGUCGGGCACUCUCGUCGCCGCCGCCGCCGCCUCAUCAUCCUCAGUGCUGUCCCCGUCCACCUCAAUCGCGGCCACCUCCCCCCAAUCCAGCACUCUGCAACAAAAACAAUCCACCACCACAUCCUCGUCUCAAUCGCAUCAAUCCAGCAAAACCUCCCCAGUACCCACAGGCGGCCAACCGCCUCUAUCAACCUCGCAACAAACCCAAGCUCAAGCCCAGGCUCAGGCUCAGGCUCAGGCUCACGUCCAAGCCCAUCUAGCGGCCCAACAACCUCAGUCCUCUUAUAGCACCCAACUCCACCAACAACAACAAGCACAAAUCCCCAGUCCUUCAGCUCCAGUCACCUCGUCUCUCUCGGUGAUUCGACCGCAACUCUCCCUCUCCACACAACACCCCACAUCAUCAGAUGCUUGUGCCACCAUUACCCAGUACUUGAUGUUAUAUCAUACGGGCCGAGAUGAAGAGUUCAGUCGUAAAGCCAUUGAAAGUCUCAUCAAGAAACUCAAGGAUAAACGCGAUGAAUUGGAUGCACUCAUCACUGCAGUCACCACCCACGGCAAAGUCGCUUCUAAAUGUAUCACAAUACAACGCACUUUGGAUGGUCGUUUGCAGGUUGCUGGUCGUAAAGGCUUUCCACACGUUGUUUACGCUCGUAUAUGGCGAUGGCCUGACUUACAUAAAAAUGAGCUCAAGCAUUUACCGAUUUGUCAAUGCGCAUUCGAUCUUAAAUGUGAUCUGUUCGCAUCUGCAUCGUUUCAGGUUUGUGUGAAUCCGUAUCAUUACGAGCGAGUGGUACCGCCUGGAAUCGGCUCACUGGAUCUAUCGAAUCUUAAACUCGAGCAUCGUCAAGCGUCCGUUGAUGAUGCAGCUACGUUAUCACCCAAAAGUCUUUCAGAUGAACAACAUUUACCCAAGCUGAAUACGAUCGGUAGUGCCGCCUCAAGCGGCGGCGUAUCACGACAAUGUGUUGUCAGUGAACAAUCUGAUAAAUUGACCGCAAAAAACUUGACUUAUGCAAGUGCCACGCACACAUCACCUAACGUUAGUAAACUCGAUGAUAAAAAUCUCGUUGUUGGAUCAUCCGCAUCUGCCUCUUCAUCGCAGUCAUGCUCUACUGCGUUGGCAUCCGCCUCAGCGUUGAAUGCGGCUCAACUAGCUGCUGCCGCUUCUCUCGGCUCCUCUAUGAAUGAUCUGGUCGGGUGUGACUCUACUGCUGCUGCAGUUAGCAGUGGACUAUUCGGCUCUACUCAAGCCGCACUCCUUCUUGCCAAACAACAGCAACAACAACAACAACAAACCCAGCAACUGAUCUCCUCCUCAAUGUGGUCAUCUCCCAGCAGCAAUAAACUUAUCGAUGAUCACUCCUCUCUGAUCGCCAAUCACCACCAUCUCAUCAAUAAUUCCAAUAAUUCUACAUCCUCUUCAGUCACCUCCCAACAACAACAACAACAAACAUCAGCCCUAUCAUCGCUCGCUAACAGCUUGGUGUUUCAAGCAGCUGCUGCUGCCGUGGCUACAGUGCAACAAGCCGGCGGACAGGUGCAAUCGGCACCUGCAAGCACCACCUCAGGAGUCGCCACCGCCGCCCCUUCUAUGUACCCACUGAACACGAACGGCACCUCGCCCACUACCACUACAACUGGCCUGUCUUCUGGCGCAUCUUCAAGCAAUCCACAGCAACUGAUCACACCCUCUAGCAAUAACAACCUCCUCUAUAAUCUCACCGCCAACAAUAAUAAUAAUUCUCCAGAUAACUUACAAGCACGAGGUGAUAUCAGCGGCGUAGGCAAUACACCAGUUACAGUAGCCACAGCAGCAGUAGCAGGUUCGCCCGUUUCAUCUGAUGCUGAUCUAAUCUCAUCUCAGCCCAGACCAGCCAACUGGUGUAUGAUAUCCUAUUAUGAAUACGAUACAAAAGUGGGUGAGACCUAUGCCGUCAGUCGACCAUCGGUCUAUGUGGAUGGCGGUGUUGACCCGUCGGCACCGGGUCGAUUCUGCUUGGGUUCACUCUCGAAUGUUCAACGUUCUGAUGUUUCGGAACGUUGCCGGCAAUAUAUCGGUAAAGGGAUACGUCUCGAUGUGAAGGGUGAAGGUGAUGUCUGGCUUACUUGCCUAUCCAAUAUGCCCGUGUUUGUUCAUAGCAAUUAUUUGGAUCGUGAGGCAGGUCGUGCGCCUGGUGACGCUGUUCAUAAAGUCUACUCACGAGCUUCACUUAAGGUGUUUGAUUUACGGCAGUGUUAUCUGCAAUUACGUCAGCAGAGUAUGUAUCAAAUGCUGGCUGCUGAGGCUCUGCAGAAUCCGUCGGAUAAUUCGCGGAAUCCUCUGGUGGGUAUGAAUCGUGAGCAGAUCGAUCAAGCACUUUUUUACUUUGGCGAGUCGCAAGCUCGCGCAUGCCACGCCGCCUACUGCACAUGGCCUCAGCCUAAGGCAGCCAAUAUCGGUGUUGACGACCUGCGACGACUAUGCAAUCUAGGCAUUUCUUUUGUCAAGGGUUGGGGACCUGAUUAUGAUCGUAAGUCGAUUAAAGAAACUCCGUGUUGGAUCGAGGUACAGAUCAGUCGAGCGCUACAACUGCUCGAUGAAGUACUCCAUAUACCAAAUAUAUCAGCGCUCUCAACACCUUAA